CCACACUCCCCAAUCAUCAAACACACAUUUCAUCAUUCACACUCUUUCAUAGCCAUCAAAACCCUAAAAAAUUAUAUCUACAAAGAAGGCUUAAAACAAAGAACUUGAAGAUGAAACAAGUCACUUUCUUCUUUUUCUUUUCACUCUUUCUUCUCUUUUCAUCCACAUUAUCCAUUUCACAAGCACCUGAAUCAUCCCCAAAAUCUCCUAAAAAAACACCCCCUACCCCAAAAGCAACAGCACCAUCACCAAAAUCAUUAGUCCCCACAUUGCCUGAAUCACCAGACUCAACAGACUCCGUCCCUGACGACAUCACAACAAUCCUUAAAAAGGCGAAAACAUUCUCCGUCCUAAUCCGUCUCCUAAAAACAACAGAAAUCAUGAGCAGCGUAAACUCGCAGCUCAUCACAGCAAAAAACGGCGGCUUAACAAUCCUCGCGCCAGAUGAUUCAGCAUUUUCAAGCCUCAAAGCCGGGUUCCUUAACUCCUUAGACGAAAACAAAAAAAUAGAACUUUUACAGUUCCACAUCUUACCUCAAUAUGUAGCGAGCUCAAACUUCGAUUCUUUAAGCAACCCUGUUCAAACAAUAGCUGGUAAAGACCCGACAAGGCUUCCACUUAAUGUUUAUGCAUCAGGUAACAAUGUCAGUCUUUCAACCGGGGUUGUUACUGCUUCCGUUGUGGGUGUUGUGUACACUGAUAACAAGCUCGCGAUUUAUCAUUUGGAUAAAGUGCUUCUUCCUCGUGAUUUCUUCGCUACUAAGGCACCUGCUUUGGCUCCAACUCUUGCUGCUGCUGCUAAGGCUCCUAAAGCUGCUAAUAAGGAAAAUUCUUCUGCUGAUGAUCAAGAUCAAAAUGAUCAGGAUCAAGGUAAAUCCGGAGCAGUGAGAUUGUGUGGAAUUCUUGGAACAACGUUGAUGUCUUUUGUUGCUGUAGCAAUGAUAUGGAGUUGAUGAAUGGUUUCCAUUUGGAAGUUGCAUUUUAAUUUUUUUAUGUCUAUCUCGCCAUGCCACUUUUUUGUUGCUUUUCAUUUGAAAUUUUCUAUGGUUUCUUGAUUUCUUGUGUAUGAAUCCUUGUGUCAUUUUUAUUGUAAAAUCAUUUUUAUUGUAUAAAAAAAGUUUGAUUUGGAUGGUA